GCUUUGCCCUUUGUUUAAGAAACAAGAUUUACAAGAUGGAUAAGAAAGUUGAAGUGGAGCAGGCCAAAGCAUUUCUUCAAGGUCGUCGCUUGGAUGACACGGACAACGCAGUUUUGAUCUCUCGUCAUGUGACACACUUUGAGGUGGAUUUAAGUGCGGAUGGAGUUCAGUUUUUCGACAAUUCAGAACAGUCUGAAUGCAUCCCUAUCUGUAUGAUAGUCCAUUCAGUGAGUGAGUCUACUGAUCUAUCCAAGUGCAAGCGUAUUUUACUUAAAGUGCGAAAACCUGUUAUUAUUGGCGUUGCUCAUUGCAAAACAAAACCAGACGUGAAGAAAUUCCUUGCCCCUUUGAUUCAAGAAUUAGUGCGACUUGAUCCGACGAAUCUGGAUGACCAAGUUACUGCUGGUCGACAAUUUACAGUGUCAAUUCGGUGCAUCAUAGCCGAUUGGCCUAUGCGAUCGUAUCUUAAACGAAUAAAGGGACAUUCAGGAUAUUGGUCCUGCGAACGCUGUAUUCAGGAAGGUGUACGAUGCAUUCAUCAUCCCACAGUGCCACUGAAAUCAGGAGAAGAGCCGAAAACUAGUAUUCAAUUUUUGGAACUGAACGCCCCCAAGAACUGA